AUGUCGACCUCAGAUACUGUAAAACGCGCAGACCGCACAGGCCUACGACACCUUUUCGCUACUUACGUUACUGCUAAAGUCCCAACCACGGUCCUCGAAGACUUAGUAAAGUCAAGUGCCGCUGCGUGGCCUUCAGCUUACGCUGUCAAAUCGCCAUAUCUCCUCUCGAUAUUCCGCAACAAAGCAGAAGUAUUCAAGGAGCAGGAUCGUAUCAAGGAGCUUGCUACUAUAUCUGGCACCGAACCGCCUAUAUCUGAGACCAAGGAAUACGACUUCCUUAACGCCAACUUAUAUGAUCUCGCCAAGUUUACGCUUGAUACGUUCCCAACCGGUUUUCAGCUUGUUAAUAAUACCUUCCCGGACCCGGACCCUAACUCCUGUUCUUUUAGUAACGGAUAUAUGCUAAUUGUUGACGAACGAUCUAUUAAAGAUAGAACCUGUAUCCUGGUAGAAAUACCAGAACAGAUAGAGUUUAAUGACAAUGGGGAUAUUAUUAAGUGGGAGCGGAAGAUUAAUAGGCAUGAUGAGUAUGUCUUGGAUCGGAAGGGCUGGCUUGAUGAAGACGGGAAUGAUACGGGGGUAGAAGAGCUAAAGGUCGUAAGGCUCAAGUUUGAGGAUGCGCAUACGGUCAAUAUGCUUGAUGAUGAGCAUGAGACGAUUGCUUUCUUGGCUCAGGAAACGUACCAGACGGAUGGUGUAUAUAAGGAGGGAGCAAUUUAUCCGGAUAUGCGAUUCGAUCCAUUGGUCUGGAGGGGUUAA